AUGCCCAUCCGCCGUCUGCCCGAAACCCUGGUGAACCAGAUCGCCGCCGGCGAGGUGGUGGAGCGGCCGGCCGCUGCGGUGAAGGAACUGGUGGAAAAUGCCCUCGAUGCCGGGGCGCGCCAUAUCGACGUGGUGCUGCGCGACGGCGGGCGGGCGCUGAUCGCCGUCACCGACGACGGUUGCGGCAUGACGCCGGAGGAGAUGCUGCUGGCGGUGGAGCGUCAUGCCACCUCCAAGCUGCCGGACGACGACCUCGUGCACAUCGCCUCCCUCGGGUUCCGCGGCGAGGCGCUGCCCUCCAUCGGCGCCGUGGCCCGGCUCGGCGUCACCAGCCGCCCGCCCAGUGCCGAAGAGGCCUGGACCCUCUCCGUCGAAGGCGGCCGGGUGGGGGCGCCGCAGCCGGCCGCCCAUCCCAAGGGCACGCGGGUGGAGGUGCGCGACCUCUUCUUCGCCACCCCGGCGCGGCUCAAGUUCCUGAAGACCGCGCGCACCGAGGUCUCCCAUGCACAGGACACGCUGAACCGCCUCGCCAUGGCCCAUCCGGAGGUGGGUUUCACGCUGAGCGACGGGGACCGCAAGCUGAUCUCCCUGGCCCCGGCGGAGGGGGCGCUCUUCGACGCCCGCCUGAAGCGACUCGCCGCCGUCAUGGGGCGCGACUUCGCCGACAACGCCCUGCCGAUCUCCGCCGAGCGGGAGGGGAUCGGCCUCACCGGCUACAUCGGCCUGCCGACCUUGAACCGCGGCAACGCCCAGCAGCAGUAUCUCUUCGUCAACGGCCGGCCCGUGCGCGACAAGCUGCUCUAUGGCGCGGUGCGCGGGGCCUAUCAGGAUUUCCUCGCCCGCGACCGCCAUCCCUUGGUGGCCCUCUUCGUCACCCUGCCACCGGAGCAGGUGGACGUGAACGUGCAUCCGACGAAGGCGGAGGUGCGCUUCCGCGAUCCCGGCCUAGUGCGCGGGCUCAUCGUUUCCGCCGCCAAGCAUGCCCUGGCCGAGGCCGGGCACCGCGCCGCCACCACAGUCUCCGACCUUGCGCUCGGCGUGCUGCGCCCCGGCAGUGGGAUGGGCAGUGGGAUGGGCAGCGGGGCGGGUGGGGGCCUACCUUGGGGACAGCCGCAGGGAACGCGUCUGCCAAGGGGCCUCGCCGAAGCCACCGCGCAUUACCAGGCGCCUUUGGGCCAGCCGGCGGUGUCGCAUGGGACUCUCCCGGGCCUUGCCCAGGCGCCCGCCGCGGCAGCCCCCAACGUCCACGCCGAAGCAGAGGCGGAAGCGGCGGGGGACGGCUUCCCCCUCGGCGCCGCCCGCGCCCAGGUGCACGGCACCUAUGUCGUGGCGCAGACCGGCGACGGCAUCGUCAUCGUCGAUCAGCACGCCGCCCACGAGCGUCUGGUCUACGAGCGCAUGAAGGAACAGCUCGGCGAGACGGGCGUGGCCCGACAGAUGCUGCUGCUGCCGGAGGUGGUGGAGCUGGAGGAAACCGCCGCUGCCCGCGUCGUCGCCCGCGCGGAAGAACUGGCGGACCUGGGUCUGGUGCUGGAGGCCUUCGGCCUCGGCGCCGUGGUGGUGCGGGAGGUGCCGGCGCUGCUCGGCACCGUCGACGUGCCGGGCCUGAUCCGCGACCUUGCCGAUGAACUGGCGGAACUGGGCGAAGCGCUGGCGCUGCGCGACCGGCUGGAGCAUGUCUGCGGCACUCUGGCCUGCCACGGUUCGGUGCGCGCCGGGCGUAUCCUCAACGUCGAGGAGAUGAACGCCCUGCUGCGCCAGAUGGAAGAGACGCCCCACUCCGGCCAGUGCAACCACGGCCGGCCCACCUAUGUGGAGCUGAAGCUGGCCGACAUCGAGAAGCUCUUCGGCCGGCGGUCCCGACCUGCGCAGAUACCGGAAACCUGGCGCGGUCGCGCAUUGCGCGGCGGCGACGGGUGGUGCUGGGAAGACCCGGAGAACAGCGGCAACAGCGUCCGCUUCUACAAGGGCGAUCCCGACAGCCCU